GCCAGGACUGCCGCCGAGCGACGCCAGUGCUGCGCCAACACACACCCCUCCGGAGGAGACGCCGAGUGCCCGCGCGCACGUCCAUCUCGCCACCGCCCAUGGAGCACCUGGCGCCGAUCAACAUGCACGCCGCGGCCGAGGAAGUCGCCCUGCCGCUCCCGGGGACGAUGCUGGAUAAAUCCGCGCUGCCGAGGAUGCGCGACGCAGUGCCGAUGGCGGAGGGAUCCGCCCUGUCGAGGAUGCGCGGGGCCGUACCGCACCCCGGGAAGAUGUCGGGGGAAUCUGACUUGCUGACGAUGCGCGUCGCCGAGGCGCCCCCAGAGAAGGCGAUGCCCGAGGCGUUCCGGGCCAUCGCCGGGAUGGCGGAACGGCUCGGGAUCGCGGCCAGCGUCAGGGACCGGGCCCAGGACGUGUUCAAGAGGAUGGAGGAUGCCAAGGGCAAGGGGCACCACUACUACACCAAGGGCGGGGGGCGGAGCGGCGACGCGCUCUACGCGGCGUGCCUCUACAUCGCCUGCCGCAGCGCGGGCGCGCCGCGGACGUUCAAGGAGCUUGCCGCGGCGACGCGCGACGGCGCGGCGGCGAGGAAGGACAUUGGCAAGCUGAUCACGCUCAUCAGGAAGCGGCUCGGGGACGAGGCCGGGGGGCAGGCGAUGGACAUCGGUGUGGUGCGCGCGGCCGACUACAUGGAGCGCUUCGGCUCGCUGCUCGGGGUGGGGGAGGACGAUGUGCGCGCGGCGCAGGAGGCGGCGCGGAGGAUGCAGGAGCGCCUCGACGUGCGCCGCAACCCCGACUCCACCGCGGCCGCCAUCAUCUACAUGGCCAUGGAACGGCGGGACGGCGCCGGGAGGUGCCUCCGGGACGUGUCCGUGGCCACCGGCGUCGCCGAGAACACCAUCAAGCAGGCGUACAGGGAGUUGUGCCCGCAUGCCGAUCUGCUCUUCGGCUCAAGUGCGUGCCAAGGUUGUGCUGGUGGUUCAUUGGCACGUACAGAUAUCAGAUAG